UACGCGACUGGGUCUUUGGGAGUUGGGAGAGCGUGAUUUUAUUUUUAAGCCCCGAAAAUGGUUAAAUCGGGGAAACUCCGCUCUGGGACCGGGUCAAAACUGAAGCGGUGGAAGAAAGGACACAGCAGUGACUCGAACCCACAGUCAAGUCGUUUUCGUCAGGCAGCGAAGAGCCGCUAUUUCAGCCGACCCACCGAAAAAAGCGAUCUAACAGUCGAUGCUCUGAAGCUUCAUAAUGAGCUGCAGGCUGGACCGCUUGAACUUGGUGGGGGUCGUAAAGAUGCGCGAAUGGAAGAAGAUCCAGAUGAGAUGCUGUCAGAGAAGACCUCUGGCACCUUCCUCAGCGGCCUGUCGGACUGCUCCAACCUCACCUUCAGAAAAGUGCAGCGCUUUUGGCAGUCCAAUUCAGCUGCUCACAAAGAGAUUUGUGCAGUGUUGGCAGCUGUUACUGAAGUAAUCCGCAGUCAAGGAGGGAAAGAGAGCGAAACGGAGUACUUUGCUGCUUUGAUGACCACUCUGGAAGUUGUGGAUUCAGCAGACUCUCAGGCAGCAGUGGCAUACCUCCUAAACCUUGUUAUGAAGCGCGUUCCUGCUCCAGUGCUCAUGUCUAAGUUCUCGGACACCACCAAGGCACUGAUGGAUGUCAUGUCGAAAGAGGCCUCGGCUGACACUUCAUCACUUAGAUGGAUCCUGUCGUGCCUGGCUACUUUGUUAAGGAAACAGGAUGCAUCUGUUUGGACAUAUCCUUCUACUCUUCAGGCGUACCACGGUCUGCUCAGCUUUACAGUGCACACCAAGCCAAAGGUCCGUAAAGCAGCACAGCAAGGUGUCUGCUCCAUUCUCAGAGGGAGUGACUUGCUGUUUACUGAUAAUGCUCCUGCCAGUCACCCAGCAGCAGCCGCCACAGCCAAGUUCUGCAUGAAAGAAAUGGAGCAAGCUGGAGUCAACAAAGAAGACACCACCACACUCCACAUGCUGGGCCUCUUGAAGGAGGUGAUUGGGACGUUUCCUGUGGGAGCCGUCAAGUCUUGUUGUGAGACUUUGCUACGAGUGAUGACACUCAGCCACGUGCUGGUGACAGCCAGUGCCAUGCAGGCCUUUCACAGGUUGUUCAGUGGGAAGCCAAACGCUUCAAUCUUGUCGCCAGAACUCAACGCGCAGAUCAUCACGGCUCUGUAUGAUUACCUUCCCAGUGAGAAUGACCUGCAGCCUUUGUUGGCCUGGCUCGCAGUCAUGGAGAAAGCACAUGUUCACCUGGCAGGCUUACAGAGUUCUCUAAGUUUGGGUCACCUCCCUCGCCUCUUUUCUGCUGCCAUGUCCUGCCUCCUAUCGCCUCAUGUGCAGGUGGUUUCUGCAGCCACAAACACUCUCAAGACCUUGUUGACUGAAUGCGUUGCUCCUCACAUGAAGGACGUUGGCAUCGUCACUGCCACCUCUUCUGCAGGGAACUCGUCCUACAUCUGCAAAAUGUUCCGUGUUGUGGAAGACGGUUUGUCGUAUCGCUUCCAUGCCUCGUGGCCAUUUGUGCUUCAGAUCCUGGGCUGCUUCUACCGAGUUGCAGGGAAGCAAGCUCAUCCCAUCAUGACCAAGUCGCUGCAGUCUCUGGCGGACCUGCGUUCAACUCCACACUUCUCCUUCACUGGCGAGUUGGACUUGGCCAUCGGAGCCGCUGUGGAGAGCAUGGGGCCUGAAGUGGUGCUUGGUGCUGUACCUCUCAACAUCACCGGCUUUGAUGACGACAUGGAGUUCCCGCGGAGCUGGCUGGUCCCGGUCAUACGGGAUCACGUGAAGAACACUUGUCUUGGUUUCUUUGCGUCACACUUCCUCCCUCUGGCCAAUACUCUCAAGCAGAGAGCUGAAGAACUGGAGCAAGCAGGACAGAAACUUGAGGCCAAAGUCUACCUGACUUUACAGCUUCAGAUUUGGACCAUGCUUCCUGGUUUUUGCACCUGCCCCGUGGAUCUUGUGGCGUCCUUCAAAAGUCUUGCACGCACACUUGGCAUGGCCAUCAGUGAGCGACCAGACCUGAGAAUGACGGUGUGUCAGGCUCUACGCACCAUCAUCAACAAGAGCUGCUCCACAGAGGAAGAAAAGGCUGAAGUGGGCCGCUUCUCCAAGAACUUCUUGCCGAUACUUUUCAACGUGUACAGCCAGCAGCCUGCAGCCGGGGAGUCGGCUACAUACAGGAUGGCGGUGCUGGACACCAUCAAGGUCUACUUAACUGUCACUGACAUGCAGAUGACCUGCACGUUCCUGCAAAAAGCCAUGGACAGAUUGAACAGCACAGAGAGCACCGAGUUCACAAGGCUCUCAGUAAUGGACCUUGUGAUUGCCAUGGCUCCAUUUGUAGACGAAUCCACCAUGACGAAAACCUUUGAGUUAAUCAAACCAUAUUUUGAGACCAAAGACCCGGGCAUGCAGAAGAAAGCGUACCGAGUGUUGGAGGAGAUGUGUGGAGCAGAGCGAGAGGCGUGUCGAUCGUUUGUUGUUUCUAAUCUGAAUACACUCAAAGCUGUGCUGCUUGAAACGCUGAAAAGCGCCUCGUCUCCAGCGAAGAGGCCGAGACUCAAGUGUCUGACCCAUAUUGUCAAAAGACUGGACGAAGAACACAAAGACUUCAUCACCGCCCUGCUACCAGAGGUGAUCAUCUGUACGAAGGAGGUGUCUGCCGGAGCGCGUAAGAGCGCGUACACUCUGCUGGUGGAGAUCGGAUCUGCUUUCGUCCGCUUCUGUGGAAAUAAGAAAGACGCCAUGGACCAGUACCUGCUGCUGGUGUAUGCAGGCCUCAUGGGCUCCGUCACCAUGAUCACUUGCACAGUUUUGGCUCUGACACGACUGGUGUUCGAGUACAGAGACUCGAUCGAGGUGACCAGCAUGGAGCAGCUGCUGAGCAACGUCUGCCUGCUGCUGUCGUCCCGAACCAGAGAGAUCGUCAAAGCUGCCUUGGGCUUCAUCAAGGUCAUCCUCUUCAUCAUGGAUGCUAAGACACUGGCUUCACAUGCCACUGUCCUGAUGGAAGGCAUUGGAAACAUGAACAAUGAUGUGAGAAGACACUUCAGAGUCAAACUGAAGAACGUUUUAACCAAGCUCGUCAGAAAGUUUGGCUUCGAGCUGGUGAAGAGCAUGCUGCCGGCAGAGCACCACAAGGUGCUGGCAAACAUCCGCAAAGCCGAGGCUCGCAACAAGAGGCGCAGGCAGGCGUCCGAGGAGCAGGAUGACUCGGAAAGUGAAGAGGAAACAUCGAAGAAAAAGAGUGAAAGCAUUGAGGAAAUUCUUGCGGAGUCGGACAGUGACUUGUCGGAGGACGAAGGGAAACCUCGCGCAGCUCAGAAGAAAUCGGGCAAACAGCAGAAAGGACGAGCGUGGCUCAAAGAGGGAGAGGGAGACGACCCGCUUAACUUCCUGGACCCUAAGGUUUCCCAGAGAGUGCUAGCCACCAACCCAGAUCUGAAAAAGAGCACCAAGGUGGAGCACGGCUUCAAAGUGACGUCCGACGGUCGACUCAUCAUCAGAGAAGACGGAGAGGAAGAAAGAAAAGACAAAGAUGUGGGAGAGAUGGACGACAUCUUAGAAGAGGCUGGAGUCAAAAAUAGAAAGAACCAGAAGAGGAAGUUUAGAGACGACAACUUUGAUGACGACAUGGACAUCGAACCCCAGUUAAAAUACAAAGCUGGGGGUUCAGGUAUCCACAGACCACUCGGAGGCCGGAGGGACAUUGGAGCUGACUAUAAAUCAAAGAAAGGAAAAGGAGACGUGAAGAAGCAAGGAAAGCUCGAUCCCUACGCUUACGUUCCGCUGAAGAAGGCCCAGCUUAACCGCCGGAAGCGAGCCAAACUGCAGGGCCAGUUCAAGGGCAUGGUGAGAGGAGCCCAGAAGGGGGCGAUGUCGGGAAGGAAAAUGCAGAAGAGAAAAGGAAAAGCUUGAACAGGACACUUUGUUGUUCACUGGACUCCAAUUGUGUUGUGUGCAUAAACAUCCUGGCGUGUGGGCGUACACUUGAAGUGUACAUGCUGUGCGUUUGUGUGCAUGUGUUUCUCUGACGGACUUAAGAUGGAAGCAGUUUGUUUUUUUAACUGGUACAUCAAAGAUAUACAAUUUCUCAGAUUAAGAUUAAAUCACUUUAAUGUUCACUGGUAAGAAGGUGAGUAUGUCUUUAUCAGAGUGAAAAAACAAAACAACCUUGAAUUUUCUUCCCUUGCUGUUUUGUCACGGUGGGGAAAAAAAAUUGUCGUGAUUAUUUGGACAAGUAAUGCAAUAUUGAAAUAUAUUGACAGAUAUUACAACUAACUGUGCCUCUUGCCUUUGCAUCA